AUGAACAUAGGACAGAGCGUUCCGCCUGAUGGAUUUCAGCCGGAAUCUCUAAGGUCUGACCCUUUAACAAGACAAUAUAAUAACCAAUCGAGAGGAUCGAAUUCGAACUAUACCUUAAAAAAUAUUAAUAAUUACGAACAGGAAGAGAAACUAGCAAAUAAUAUCAAUGGACCACUUUAUGCAGAUUCGUCAGCAGUAACCAGCGUUAUGAGUGAACGACAGUCACAUGUCCCGAAUCAAAGUCUUUUACCAAGUACUGGUCUUCAUGCACGUACCAGUGUCACAACCGCUACUGGUGUAACCGGACUAUCUGGAAUAGCUGGCAUAGCUGCGGCGGCCGCAAAUCAACAGGGAAAGCCUCUCAAUUUAGCUGCUCUUACUUUGGCUGCCCAGUCUGUUGCCGCCAAGAAGAGAGCUGGAGCUAGAGCACAAGCCGCUAAUACGAGACCAGAGCGUACUUUAUUCUGUCUAACGCUUAGAAAUUCUUUGAGAAAAGUAUGCAUAAAAAUUGGAGAAUGGAAACCAUUUGAAUACCUUAUUCUUCUUACAAUAAUGGCUAACUGUUGUGCACUUGGUGCUAUAACACCAUACCCUGAUGGGGAUUCAAAUACUCUCAAUCACAUAUUGGAAAAAAUUGAAAAUGUAUUUAUUGUUAUCUUUACUGUGGAAUGUGUUUUAAAGAUUAUAGCUUUUGGUUUUGUUAUGCAUCCAGGAGCAUACUUACGUAAUGCAUGGAAUAUACUUGACUUUACUAUAGUUAUCUUAGGACUUUUACAACCACUUAUUCAACAAAUGGUUGAACAAUCUGGUGUAGAUGUUAAAGCACUUCGUGCUUUCAGAGUGCUGAGACCACUUCGUCUUGUAUCUGGUUUACCAAGUUUACAAGUUGUAUUAAAUUCUAUAAUGCGUGCUAUGGUUCCACUCUUACAUAUUGCACUUUUAGUUAUCUUUGUAAUAAUUAUUUAUGCAAUUGUUGGUCUAGAACUAUUUUCUGGUAAAUUACAUGCUACAUGUUAUGAUUUUGUAACAGGUGAAAUAGAGGAUAAUCCAUCACCAUGCAGUUUAAAUCAACGUGGUGCAUUGUGUACAGGUUCAACAAUUUGUUAUGAUUUUAAAUUGGAUAUGAGUUAUGCAGCUGUUGCUGAAAGAAAACAACAAGCUGAAGCUAUUUUAGCUGGAAAUAUUACACCACCUUUACCGCAACCAGAAAGAUGGGUUGGACCAAAUUAUGGUAUAACUAAUUUUGAUAAUUUUGGUUUAUCUAUGCUAACUGUAUUUCAAUGUAUUACUAUGGAAGGUUGGACACAAGUUUUAUACUGGGUUAAUGACUCACAAGGGAUGUUAUAUCCAUGGAUUUACUUUAUCAGUAUGAUCAUUAUCGGAUCAUUCUUUGUUAUGAACCUAGUACUUGGUGUUUUGAGUGGGGAAUUUUCAAAAGAGCGUGAAAAAGCUAAAAAACGUGGUAAAUAUCAAAAAGCUAGAGAACAGAUGCAAUUUGAAGAAGAUGUACAAGGUUAUUUAGAUUGGAUUAGUGCAGCUGAAGAUAUUAGUGAUGAUGAAGAAACUACAAAUAAAGAAGAUGAAAAAGAAAAAAAAUUUCAUUGGUGUGCUGCAUGUCGGACCACCUCAUCUUCAGCUACUGAUGACUUUGAAGAGGAAGAAGAAGAUCCAUCUGAACAUGGACUGGAUGAUGGCGGUGGUGGACAUCGUAGUCAAUCAUCAUCACAACAACAUCAGUAUUUUUUCUGUAUUCCAUUGAAAGGAAGGCGAUCGCGGCGUUGGAAUCGUCGUUGCCGACGUUCUUGUCGUCGGCUUGUUAAAUCUCAGACAUUUUACUGGAUAGUUAUAGUCCUUGUUUUUUUAAAUACUGGUGUUCUCACUUCAGAGCAUUAUGGACAACCGCCUUGGCUUGACGAUUUUCAAGAUAUGGCCAAUAUUGUAUUUGUUGUCCUCUUUUCUAUUGAAAUGUUAAUUAAAAUGUACAGUUUAGGAAUACGAUGUUAUUUUGAUUUUAUGUUUAAUCGAUUCGAUUUUUUUGUGGUUAUCUGUAGUAUUAUAGAAGUUGUAUUAAUACAAACUAAAGUGAUGCCACCAUUAGGAGUAUCUGUAUUACGUUGUGCUCGUUUAUUACGUGUAUUUAAAGUGACCAGAUAUUGGAGUAGCUUACGUAAUCUAGUUGGUUCAUUAUUAGCUAGUUUAAAAUCAAUUGUUAGUUUAUUAGUUCUAUUAUUUUUAUUCAUUGUCAUAUUUGCUUUACUUGGUAUGCAAUUAUUCGGUGGAAGAUUUAAUUUUCCAAGAGAAGAAAAGCCAAGAUCAAAUUUUGAUAGUUUUUAUCAAUCGCUUAUAACAGUUUUUCAAAUUUUAACUAGUGAAGAUUGGAAUGAAGCUAUGUACAAUGGAAUUCGUUCAUAUUCAAAUAGUCGUGUUGGUAUUAUGGUCUGUUUAUAUUAUGUUAUACUUUUUAUAUGUGGAAAUUAUAUACUACUCAAUGUCUUUUUGGCUAUUGCUGUUGAUAAUUUGGCUGAUACUGGUCAAAUGGAAGAGAAAAAAGAAGAAACCGAUGGUGAAAAAUCAGAUAAUAAAGAAAAUGAAAUGACUAGAAAUGAAGAUAUUAUAAUUGAAGGAGAAAAUGAUAAAGAAAGUAAAAUGUAUCAAUCAGUAGACAAUCGAAAAACAUCUACUACAAUAACUAAUACUACUGAAAAUAAAUUAACUGAAGUACAUCAUGAAUUUAAUGAUGUUACACAAUUAUUAGAUCAAUUGAAUUUAGAUCCAAUCAAUGAAGAAGCUGAUCCUGAUCGACGCAUGUUUGAUCGAGAAGAUAAACAAAGAACAGAUGAUAAAAAUGAUGAUUUAAAAGAAGAUCGAAAUAGAGACAGUCAUGAUGAUGAUGAUGAUGAUAAUGACGAUGAUGACGAUAAUGAUGAUAGAAGUGCUGAUGAAACUGAUAAAAUGAAAGAUACAACUAAUUCAAGACGUCAUUCAGAAAUUAGUUCAACAAAGAAAAUAAAACCAAUACCGAAUGCAUCUUCAUUUUUCAUAUUCAGUCCAACUAAUCCAUUUCGUGUAGCCUGUCAUGAAGUUUGCAAUCACAAUUAUUUCAAUAAUAUUGUACUUGUAUGUAUCUUAGUUAGUAGUGCUAUGCUUGCAGCUGAAGAUCCAUUAGAUGCAUCAUCUGCACGUAAUCAGAUAUUGAACUACUUUGAUUACUUUUUCACUUCUGUGUUUACAGUGGAGAUAACUUUGAAAAUAAUUACUUAUGGUUUGGUAUUACAUAAGGGAGCAUUUUGUCGAAGCGCAAAUAAUAUGUUAGAUUUUAUGGUAGUUCUUACAUCAAUUAUUUCUUAUCCAAUUGAUAUUGAUACAAUAUCUGUAGUUAAAAUUCUUCGAGUCUCACGAGUAUUACGACCUUUAAGAGCGAUCAAUAGAGCGAAAGGUUUAAAACAUGUCGUCCAAUGUGUUGUAGUUGCUGUAAAAAGUAUUGGUAAAAUAAUGAUGGUUACAUUUUUGCUUGAAUUUAUGUUUGCUGUUAUUGGUGUACAAUUAUUCGCUGGAAAAUUUCACUCUUGUACAGAUAGUUCACGUCUUGUACCAAGUCAAUGUCAUGGUCAAUAUAUCACAUAUGAAUUGGGUGAUAUAAGUCGACCUGUAGUUUUAGCACGUGUAUGGUUAAAUAAUCCAUUGAAUUUUGACAAUGUACCAAAUGCUAUGCUCACUUUAUUUGCUGUAUCAACAUUUGAAGGUUGGCCUGGUCUUUUAUAUAGAUCAAUUGACUCUUAUGCUGAAGAUUAUGGUAGUGUUUAUAAUAAUCGUCCAAUAGUUGUUAUCUUCUAUGUGGCUUAUAUCAUUGUUAUAGCAUUUUUUAUGAUUAAUAUAUUUGUUGGUUUUGUUAUUGUCACAUUUCAACAAGAAGGUGAACAAGAAUAUAGAAAUUGUGAACUUGAUAAAAAUCAAAAAAAGAAGAAGAAUAAUAAUAAAAACGAAACAUACCAAAUUGUCAUAAACAAAAAAAACCAAUCAGAUUAUACAAGAACCACAUUGUUCGAUCAUUUCAAAUCAUAA